AUGGGCGAGAAUCUCGUCAUUUAUUACAAUGACUCCAUCGACUCGGACAACCUCGCAGCUGCUAUGGCGUUGUGGAAGGCGACAUACAAAAGGAAGAACACUCGAAACCCUUUCAAGGUGCUUCUGGGUGGACUUAUCGAGCAGGAGGAUCUUGAUAAGACCGACGGUCUCGCAGGAGCUGAUCGUCAUCUACUUCAAAUGGCUGUCAAAUCAGAAUACGGCUCAAAGGACAAUGCCGCACUUCAUGGCCGUCUUACUGCUUGGGACUUUGCUUCUUGUUUGGCCGAGUGGUCAAACAACGCCUCAAAUGAAGUUUUCGUGGACUUUGAAAGCUUAGAAGAGAUUGAGAAUCCCGUGAAUCUCAACUUUCAUCAUCAUGAAGAACUUGUCAACCGAAGCGCAGACGAACUGAAGACAUACGAGACUAUCCUGAAUGAAUCAUUUCAACAAAGAACGCAAAGCCUACAAAACUGGUACGAGGAAUGUGUCAAGAGAAUCGCACAUAAGGAAGGCAAUUCAAACACAUCCGUACAGCCGCUUAAUUUGAACGCUCUCUAUAAUGCGAUCGAAAAUGCAUCAAGUGUUCGUUUCUUUGGGGGUUCCUCUUUGAGGAUCUUGAGACUGUUUCUCGAAAAAGGAGUGGCUAGCAAGAUCAAAUGCCAUCUGCAAGUGGGUUCCUGUGAUAUGUCGGCAAAUCUAUUCGCAAAUCAGUUUAAUAUCGCCCUCAACCGAGACGCAGCCAAGACAGUGCUUAAUCGAUCAGCAGAGUUCUCAAAGUUCACCGUCGUACCUUCACAUACAGCGCAAAGUAUAAAAUACUCAGCACUAGGUCUGAAGAAUGCCGGAGGUCAUUGCUUGGAGAAGCGAAUUUUAGGCUUCAACUGCCGUGAGGAUCCCCUUAAGAUCGUCACAAACAGUGUCUCAUUAGAAGGCCAAUACUCCGACAAAUCAUACCCGAUGCCUGACUUGACCGCAUUCUUAUGUGCGCUUGUCCCCAAAUAUAUGGAAUCCUUGGGAUCAAAAGUGGGUUUCAUAGAAAUCGAUGAGAAGGAUUCCAAUGGCGCACUUCUCUUUAGACCUUCUGACAAGGGAAUUCAGAUGUACGAUUUGAGCGAGAGCACGACAUUAACGGAGUCUGAGGUGACAGCGAUUUUUGAGAAAAUAGCAAGGGGUGAUGUGCUUUUGGAUCAGGCUUGA